AACCGAAGGAAGAAAAUGGGAAGCCUCAAACAGCUGAUGGCAGACAGGCACCUCGAAAAUCAAUGACGAGUGGACGCCGGUGAUUCUUUCUCAACAUUUCUAACAUUGAGGGAGAGUGAGGGACGAGCCAGCACUGCCCGUCCGCCCACACUCCUGUCGAUCCAGGAUGGCGGCCAAGAUGCCUCAGGAGACGUUGUACUCCUGUGAGGUGUGCGGGCUGGAGGGCCUGGCUGAUGAAGACCUGCGUUCCCACAUGCUGUUAGUGCACCUGCCGGGCACCACUGCCUGUCCCUUCUGUGACCUGGAGGACAUCACUGCACCAGAGAUGGUCUACCAUGUCAACUCAGCUCACUUGGACUACCUCAGUCCGCAAGAUGAAGACCUGGACGACGACUUGCUGAUGGUGACCAACGGCUAUGGCGAGCAUCCUGAGACGCCAGUGGAGGCUCGUAACGGCCUAGAUAACCGCCGGGUGCCUCUCAUCAACAUUGACAAUGAUGAUGGCGAUGGCUACAAUGCCAACGUGAGCCCUGCCCAUGGCAAAGGUGGCAACAGCCGGGGCUCCCCCUCCCGGGCUCAGCUCUCCCUCAACCUCAACCAGCGGGGUCCUCAGAGUGCCCAUCCCAGCCAGAGUCCAGCGGGUGUAACUGCCUGUCCCAUCUGUGGCCUGCAGGAGACCUCAGCACAGAGACUGGAGGAGCAUGUCAACAGGGCACACUUUGACCUCACCUCACCUUCCUUCCCCGCCAUCACACCUCGUCAGGAGGUGGUGCUCACCUGUCCCCUUUGCAUGAAACAGUUUGAGUCAACACCAGACCUGGAGCUGCAUGUGAACAUCCAACACAAGGACAUUCUCAGCCCAGCCAAGUCAGAAGUGUGCUCUCCUGAGGAUCAGGUGUUAGAGGAGGAGGAAGAGGAGGAGGUGGGUGCAUGUCCAGUGUGCAGCAGGGUGGGUUUCACUUCACAGGGUGAUCUUGCUGCCCACAUUGACACCCACUUUUCUCGCACUCCUUCCAUUGUGACCCCAGAUGAAGGUGGGUGGGAGAGGCGACUGGUGACUGAGCUAGAGAAACAGGAGAAGGAAGUCCAGCGCAUGAGAGAACAGCAGGAGUUCUCGUUGCUUAGGGCUCAGUAUGGGAUGGACAAUGAGGGGAACUUCUCACAGCAGAGCCUGAGCAACAUGCAGCGUGCUGUAUAUGCAGGAGAGAUGACCGUGGCAGACUACUAUGAGCGUCAAAUAGAACUCAAGAUUGCUGAGAAGAAUGGCGUUGAUGAUGCCCGCUCUUGCACCAAAGGGCUUCUGGGGCCAGUGCGGGUGGUGAGCGAUGGCACCAACAAUGUGAAGGCAACCUACCUGUGUACCACCGUGGAUCACUAUGGCUCAACCUAUGGGGACAGAGGCUGGGGCUGUGGAUACAGAAACAUCCAGAUGCUGCUGAGUUCUUUGCAACACCACACAGGCUAUUAUGCUCGCCUUUUCUCAGGGCCAAACAUGAUGCCUUCUAUCUCACAGAUACAGAAGCUCAUUGAACAGGCCUGGCGGAAUGGCUUUGAUCUUCAGGGUUGUGAGCAGCUCGGGGGAAAGCUUUCCAACACACGCAAGUGGAUUGGUGCCACAGAGGUUGUCACAUUACUUUCCUCCUUUAGGAUAAAGUGCCAGCUUAUUGAUUGUCAUCGGCCGACGGCCCCAGAUGGCACCCACCCUGAACUGUUUGGUUGGUGCCUUGAUUACUUCUCAAGUCAGGCUGAGUUCAGGCCUCCCAUCUACCUCCAGCACCAAGGCCACAGCCGCACCAUCAUUGGAGUGGAGCAGCUGGGUGGUACUGAGGGUGGUGUGCGGCUGCUGGUGUUGGAUCCAUCACACUCCCCUGCUCAAGUCUCCCAACUCUUACACACCCAGACUGCUCCAUCUGCUAUGAGACUGUUACGCAAGCCUCUUUCCAGUAUGAGGGCCAAACAAUACCAGAUGGUGGUGGUGGCGGGACUUAUGCAGACAGAAAUAGAGUAUAAGCAAAGCAAGGUUCUUCAAGCAGCUAUUCGUAUACCAAAGGAUUGAAAUUAACUUAGCUAACUAGCAAACCAAGAAAGCAAACCCUUCAAAGUGAUAUUUAUACCUAACAUUACCUGAAGGUGGAGUAGCAGGAGUAGGAGGAGAAGGAGUGGAUGAGAGGACACUCACUGCCACUCACAACAAGUCACAUGUGAUAUGCUGCCACUAGUGUUUUGUAAACAAUUUGUUUGCCUGUAGCUGCCUUGGACAAUGGGUGUGAAGACAUUGGGUGUGUGUGUCUAGAAAAUGAAGGAUGUCAUGGUGCAGUCAUGGAGAGACUCUAAAUGUGAAUGUGUGUGAGUGUGCAUGUCUUAGCAGUGGUAAAGGAAGUGAAAUGCCCCGAUGAGGGGUUUGGAGAAAGGGUGUGUGUAUGAGUGUGUGUACAUAUGCACAUAUGUUGGGAGUGCAAGAAUUGACAGAGGACACAUUCCCCACUUGUAGACUAGUGGGACAUCUGUGAUGGUGGGACCAGAAAAUUAAGCCAUUUGAGGAGUCUUAUGUAUCAGGAGUCUGUUUACUGUGAUGGUGUGAAAGAGAAGAGUAGAGUAGUGUGAACUGAAAGAGUUAAAGAAGCAGAAGAAAAAGAAAUAGAAUGAAAAUAGAGACCAACCAUGAGAUCACCAGUUAUUCCCAGUUUAUCAGUGAUGUUAAAAUGUGCACCAUACUACCGGAAAAUGGCGUAGCACAAGAAAAGUCAGACAAACAGAAGACCCAAGCCAUACCCGAAACAAUUCAUGGCCGUGAGUGAAUCAGCCCAAGUGGUGAACAUUUGGCUGGUACACACACAAGGCAGUGUUAAAGGAGAUCACAGUGUAUAGUUAGGAAAGUGUGUAUUGGGAACUAUUCUAGUCUAAGGUUUAUGACCUCAACUGAUCCAUCCAAACUCAUAUUUAGCUCUCUUGCAUGUGGGUCCUUACACAGGCUUCCCUUUGGUCAAUUACAAAUCCUGGGAGAGGGAGAGGAAAGCCCAGCACCUGAAGCAUUAUCUGUGCUUCAUCAGUGUAAAAAGUUAAAUUUUCUACUUUCUCCAUAAGAGCAAGGGUAUAAAGUAUGCUUUAGCUCUAAUGAUAUGACCCUUGAAUACCAACAAUAUUGCUCUCUGUUAUUAGCUACCCUGAUAAAAAUGGACCAUUUUCUAUCAUUCCCACUUUAAGAUCUCUUGUUAAGACCAAGAUCUGUGGCCAGUGUUAGGGCCUCACAUUGCUGUAUGCUACUCGUACAUACUAUUUAGAAUCUUAUAGAGGACUUUAAGCUCCCCACAGACUUGCCACUUUUAUUGUCUUGCAUUUACUCCUUGGUUGCCUGAAGAGCACAUAUCAGCUACUUCCUUUCAGUGCUAUGUUGAGGUUGUUGGCUGUGACAAGUGUCAGACAGAUCACUCAGGUGAGGUGUGAAGGUCCUGCUGUGGUUUUAGUGUUAGCAGCAGUGAUACUUCAGCCUCCAGUGCUGGUCUUGGUGUGUUGGUUCACAGAGGUUUGCCUGUAUCCUUAGUUCUUGUAUCAGAGAGAAGUGCCUGGGUAGACUCAAUUGAAAGACUAAGGGAACAGUUUAGAAAGAGAGAGCUUGUAGGUGUGUGUGCAUGAGCAUGUGUGUACAUAUGUAUAUGUGAAAGAGAGAGAGAGAGAGACUGACUGCCUUCACUCACUAUGCCUCAAGAUAACAAACAUCGUCAGUGACUCAGAUAAUUUCAGAAUUUGUACCACACCUGUUACAAAGUAAGAAAGACUAUAUGUGUAGAACAGUGAUUCUCAAAUUUCAGAUUAGGAUAACACACUGAAAGAUGUGACAUGUAUAAAUCUGUAACUUAAAAGCUGAAGAUCUUACAAAAUGUAGCGAUAAAACCACUGGAUUAGCUGCUUUGUGAUGAGGAGGUGACACAUUAAAGGCCCAAAUUCUUGUUUGUAUACAUAUUGAAGAAGAUUAUGCAGCACAUUGAAAUAUUUUGUGUACAGUUUGAGAACCACUGAUGAAGGGGAUUUCUCAAUGAUCUAACAAAAAAAUGGAUGUGGUAAGCAAUACAUAUACUGUAUAUCACGGAUAUUUUACAGUUACCAUAAUCAACACUGAAUCCACAGUGAGGAGAUAAGGAUAAUUAGUAUUAGUAAUUUCAAUUCAAUAGUGAUAGGAAGACUCUUCAAAGUUAAUUUACUUAAUGUUGCAUAUUACAUACCUGCAAUCAGUCUCUCAUUUAUUACCUGAGAUGGAAGGUAAGGCUGAUAUUGACAACGAGUUUAAGAGAUAAUAGAAUUGUUUUUAGCCUUGAGUGUGAAUGCAUAACUUGUUGCCUGUGUGCAUGUAGAGUCACCUUACAAUACAAUUACUUUGGUGGAAAUUUGGUGAUAUUAUUAUGUUUUGGUUAUGGCCUUGUACAGUGUUGCUCUAUUUGUGUGUGUGUGUGUGUGUGUGUGUGUGUGUGUGUGUGUGUGUGUGUGUGUGUGUGACUCCUCUUGAAUGUUGUUAUUCUUGUUACUCUAACAGUAAAGGGCUUUCAUAAUGGUCCCAAGUCUUCAACAGCAGGGCUCUCUUCUUCAUUGCACACACACACACACACACACACACACACACACACACACACACACACACACACACACACACAUCACAUCACAUCACAUCACAUCACAUUACAUCACAUUCUACAUUGAUUUUCUGUUUUUCAUUUGAUUAUUGUAUUUGGAUCAAAUUUAUUUGAUCAGCUGUAUGCCAGGCUGAUAUCUGCCCUAAAGGAGGGAAAGCUAUGACAAGGCAUCUCUAUAGGCUAGCUACGUACUUACAAUUACAGGUAUGCUUACCCAUCCCAGAUUUUCUUCUUCCUCAUAUUAUUAUUUGUAAUUAUGCUUAUUAUUGUUAUCAUUAUUAUUAUUAUUAUUAUUAUUAUCAUUAUUAUACUAUUAUUUUAUUAUUAUUGCUAUCAUUGUUAUUUUAAUCAUCAUCAUCAUCACCACCAGCUCAUCUGUGGUAGGGAACACACUGCAGCACUACACCAUUUAAGGUCAUGUAGGAAGAAUAGUAGUACUAUAAUCCCUACAUAUAAACACAAAUGAGGAUGCUGACAGUCACUAAUCACCUUUAAAGCGUAGCUAUGUUUGCCAGGUACUAUAUAGAUGAUACAUUGUCACUAUUAGUGUGCAUUAUUAAUGACUAUUAGUUCUAUUACCACCACCCCGACUUUCAACACACACACACACACACACACACACACACACACACACACACACACACACACACACACACACUCAAACCUUCACUGGUCAUGUAGGGUGAUCAAGCAAUGUUGCAUAUCAGUCUGUUUCAGUUAAUACUACUUUGAUAUUGUAAGCUGUUAGGUAUUGGUUUGAGAGGUGGUCAUGCAAGUAGAGCUGUAGGAAUCAAAGUGGAUGGAAGUGAUCUUGUAGAAUCAUGAUAUGUAAAGUAAUAGUUGUAGUACCCUACUUAAUUGUAAUAGCAAUGAUUUCUUCAAUAUUUUGAUCAUUAUAAUACAUUUGUUUUUAAAGAGCAGUCCCUGUAGAUACAUCAGUGGUAUACCAAAGAAAUUAAUAUAAAAUUAUACUAUAAGUUAAAGUAGAAUGAUCUUUAAUGUUUUAAUCUUACAUGUUUAGUACAUUAAUGCCUUACUGGUUUCAAUCUUACAUGUUUAGUACAUUAAUGCCUUACUGGUUUCAAUCUUACAUGUUUAGUACAUUAAUGCCUUACUCUAUGACUCAUUUAAGAUUCAUCUGUAAGAUUUUAUUUUGGAAUAUUUCUAGUGUAAUGUCUUAUUAUGAUGUACCUUACUUUAAGCAUGUAUGUAUAAAUUGAUCGCCACAUUCUGUGUGCAGAAGGUUGUCACAAAGGAAUUUACUGAAGACUCCAUUAUCAUCAUCAUAGGUUCUCAAGACAGAUACACACAAGCAGUGUCUUUUAAUACAUACUCUGUUAAUGACUUUAUGGUAAAUCAUCAUUACAGUAAGUUUAUUCAAGUCAGAUAAGUCAUUUCUCAUUUUCUUAUAUAAAUAUCUUUUGAUUGUUGUACCUUGUGAAUGACUCAUUGUGUAAAGCAUCAUGAAGGCAAAACAUUUAAUUUCAGAUGUCAUUCCCUAUUUUCAUGAAUGCAUAACAGUUCAAUUAUUGUGUGCUGUUUUUUUUUUUUUUUUUUUUUUUUUUUUUUUUUUUUUUUUCUUGAUUCAGUUACCAUAAAGAAUACUCACUCAGAAGAGGUAGAAUACUGUACCUCCAGAAAGAGCUUAUGUAUGUCUGUCUUGAUGCAGUUGUUAGGGCCAAGAAAUGAGACAACAAGUAUGCAUAGCAUCUACAGUCAUGUACAUACUUAUCAGUGGCUGGAUGUGCAGUAUUUGUUGACUCUUGGGGUAGUAUGUAAGUUGUGCUAGUUGAUGAAGAAUACACCUCUGUGCCACGGCAUUCCUGUGGAGGAGGACCUGUACUAGUGUGUCUUGGUGUUGGGUGCAUGUACAGUCCUCACCUCCCUGGGCUGGACACCUCUUAAUACUGAAUUACACUGUCAGUCACAUCAAUUUUUCUGUAUGUUGCAAAAUCAGCAGUAUAUUGUUUAUUGUCUAUAGUUGUUGCUACUACUACUACUACUGCUACUGCUACUGCUAUUGCUACUGUUACUGUUACUGUUACUACUACUACUACUACUACUACUACUACUACUACUACUACUACUACUACUACUACUACUACUACUACUACUACUACUACUACUACUGCUGUUGGGUUCUUGUUUAGCAUUACAUAGAAACAGGUUUUGAACAACGGUGAUGAUCUCUUUAAUCAUAUCAUAAAGUCAGUGUGUAAUGAUUUUUUUUUUUUUUUUUCAUGUUGAUUAUCACUGAAUGUUUGGUCUUCAUCAGUAACUGUGCUGGGUGACCAGGCAGCCUUACUUGACAUUGAUAGCUCCAGGUACAGAUGAAUAAGAACAAUGAAUAGUUACAAAGUUGGAUGAGUUAUGUGAAGCCCAGAGUUGAUGUGAGGACCCUAUAAGCACUCUGUAAAUGAAGCAAAGAGGAGGAGAAGGAGCUGUACUAUGACAUAAAGGACCUUGUUGCCUUGCUGGGAGGGGGAAUGGGGAAGCUGAGGCCUUUAUAGCAAGUAUGAUCCUAUUCUUACAUUAGAAAAAAAGCUAAGAAAUGUUGUUGCCACCUUGUUAACACAAUCAAAAUCGAAAGGGGGAGGGAUGGGAAGCACGAUAAUUUAUGGUUUUAGAUCCUGCAGUGAGAUGAGUUUUCCAUGUACACUGGUCAGUCAUCAGCAUUUAGUCAUGAUUUAUUCUCCAAAGGUGUCAAGUGAGUUCAUAUACAGUGUUUCUGUAGGUUAAGGGGGAGACAAUUACUGGGCUUCCUUUGGUGUGUUGCUUCAGUACCAGAUGACCCAGAGGACUGCUAUUCAGACAGCCUCCUCCACCAGUGUAAUGAAUAGUGAUGUGUAUGUAGGUCAAGAUCUUCCUUUGAUACUGUAAUAUAGUGUCUGCCACUCCAUCUUCACAGGGUCUCUUCAAUGCUGCCAAGAAAUCCACCAAAGGAAAGUUGUAUUUAGGGAUUUAUUUUUGCAAGACCAACCAAGGUGUCUUUAUCCAAUACUUUCACAGGCGAGGCAUGACUUUCUGCUUUGUUACAUUUCUGUGAGUAAAUACUACUUGUGAUUUGUGUCGCCAGCUCAACAGUUAUAAGUUGAAGGAGGGUUAUCUGUCAUAUUUCACCAUUUGCAAGUACAAUAAAUCUAUUAAAACACUGAUGUCACAUGCUGUUUUUGUGCAUUAUCUGCAGACUGACUGCAAAGUAAAGCACCUAUGCAUGUGUAAGAGUUAAAAACAUUCUUUGGAAAAAGGUUUUAUCUUGAUUCAUGGGAACUGUAUAUGGCUUCAAAAUUACCAAUAGUUGAUUGAAAUGUUGAACAUCUUUCUUGCACAGAUUGAAGGUUUUGGAUAGGAAAAUAAAUUUGUCAGUUACUGUUGUAUUUGAUCAGCAACAGCAGUUUCAGCUUGGUGAUGUGGUUACUUGUGAACAAUGAUAUCCCUGAUGUGUGUCUGUGUUUGUGUGUUGCUGCACACACACAAACAUACACACACACAAACACUGAAUUUCAAGGUAUCAAGAUGUUGCUCAUCAGUUUCACUCAGACCUAUUGCACUGGGAAAUUAAUUUGGAGUUAAAUAAAAGUGAUAAUGAAU